GCAGCAGCAGAGAUCUGCAGGACACCCCCGGGCGACUUCCCUGGGCCCUGUGUCAUGGCGAAAACCAUUAUUUCAGUAAACCUGCGUCGUAGUUCCUCUCAAAGACAACCACACACUCCGUCAUAACUCGUUAAUCUGAAGGGAGGGGAAGCGUGGGAUGGAAUGUCGGAUCCAGGGUGGGAAGGCAAGUAAAUGGACUGACGAUCCGCUACGGAGCACGAGGGCGGCCAGGCGAGCAGCUGGAAAUCAUCCGCGGGGAAACGUCGAGCGUCUCUCUUCACUGAACGCAUCCCAGCAGACAGGACUCCUGCUUGCCAAUCUGUUUGGUUUUGUGGUGUAUUGAACCCCUAUCGGAGCCUGUAUUGUUCCUAUUUAUUUCUCAGCAUGGUCGACAGCAAAGUCCCCCAGCCAGGGCCGGCCAAACUCAAGCGCAAUGCAGGGCCGGACGAGUGGCUGGCGGCGGCCAAAGAUUGCAAGUAUCUGUCUGAGCACCAUAUGAAGCAGCUGUGCGAGAUGGUCAAGGAGUAUAUGAUGGAGGAGUCGAAUAUUCAACCCGUUUCGACGCCGGUGACGAUUUGCGGCGAUAUCCACGGACAAUUCUACGACCUGCUGGAACUGUUCCGUGUGUCUGGAGGGAUGCCCAGCGCCGCGGGGAUGGAGCAGUUGGAGAGGCCGGAGACGACCCCCGCGCCGCUGAUCACGUCCGACGCGAUCGAGCCACCAACGACGAUUACAGAUCCCAAACUGCGCAAAAAGCUGAGGAAUCCGGGGAGCAUCGGUGGUGGAGAUGGGGAUGAGGAGAGCAACACGGACGGGAGUGCACGGUCGAGCAGCAGUGCUGGAUCAGGCGAGCUGCAGCUGAAUCGCAACUUUGUCUUUCUGGGAGACUACGUCGACCGGGGGUAUUUCAGCCUGGAGACGUUGACUCUCCUGCUGUGCUUAAAGGCAAAAUAUCCCGACCGUGUGACCCUGGUUCGCGGCAACCACGAGUCCCGACAGAUCACUCAAGUGUAUGGCUUCUACGAGGAGUGUUUCCAGAAGUACGGUAACGCGUCGGUUUGGAAGGCGUGCUGCCAGGUCUUCGAUUUCAUGACCCUGGGCGCCAUCAUCGACGGCAAAGUGCUGUGCGUGCACGGCGGGCUGAGCCCGGAGAUCCGCACGCUGGACCAGGUGCGUGUUGUGGCGCGCGCGCAAGAGAUUCCGCACGAAGGGGCCUUCUGCGACCUGGUGUGGUCGGAUCCGGAUGAUGUCGAGACGUGGGCCGUGAGUCCACGGGGUGCUGGCUGGCUGUUCGGAGACAAGGUGGCCGACGAGUUCUGCCACGUCAACGACCUGACGCUGAUCGCGCGCGCCCACCAGCUGGUCAACGAGGGCUACAAAUACCACUUUUCCAACCAGAACGUGGUGACGGUGUGGAGCGCGCCCAACUAUUGCUAUCGAUGCGGCAACCUGGCGUCUGUGUGUGAGGUCGGCGAGGACCUGAAGCCCUCGUUCAAGCUGUUCAGCGCCGUCAGCGACGACCAGCGCCAUGUCCCGCAGUCGCGGCCGGGACGCAGCGAGUAUUUCCUGUAGUGCACGCGCUGGCGUGUGCACGUAAUGAUAGAAGUGUAGAAUGAUAAUCAUGAUUCGGAAGAAAAGUGCCUAAGAUAAAUAUUGCCCCUCACCUUUAUUU